AUGAGAAUUAUAUCAACUGAUGAAGACACCAAUGUGAUGUGUUCUGUUGUGGAUAGGGUCAAGACGUUAGUUGUGUACAUUGACUAUGAAUACAUUGUUGCAUCUGCCACUUGGGAUGAUGUAGUAGCCAACCUAGUGGCAGAGAUGCCAAAGGUGAUUAGCCCUAUGAAGGCCCAACACACAGAGAGCAAAGGAGGUGAAGAUGGGUUCUCAGGAAGGUGCAAGACAACUAGUGGUAGUAGGUUGAAGGGUGUAAGAGCAGUAGGUACUCCAGAUGAUGAGGAAGAUGGCUCACCUAAUGAAGAUGUGAUGGACAUGAGUGAUGAAGAUUCAGCAGGGAGAAUCAACUCGAAGUUUACAAGUUUUAAGAUUUUCCAGACAAAAACAAAACAAUCCUUGAAGUGGCCAAAGCCAAAUUUGCCAAUCGACAACGACAACGUCAAAAGCCAGGCGAACUGCCGCAGCAAGGCAGCAGGCAGCAGGCAGCAGGCAGCAGGCAAGCAGGCUCUGUGUGGGACAGUGGGGUUAAAGAAGGGGUUUGGGAGUCUAGCAGUCCCUUUCUGCUGCGAACUUGCGCGUCCUGCAUUGCCUCCCUGUCCCUGUCCCUGUCCCUCUCCCUCUCCCUCUCCCCUCUCUCGGGUCUCGGCUCUCGCCGUCGCCGCGAGCGAGAUGCAGGGCCUAGCCGUAUCAAUCCCGCUUCCUCCCGCCGCGGCCGCAGCUCGGCGGCGGCCGUGCGCGUCCUCCUCUACCAGGGAAGCAGUUUUACAAUGUUGGAAGUACAAAUCAAGUCAAGACCAAUAUCUGGGAGGCUCCCUAAGGAUAAGUCAGUCUCAAGGAAGUUUGCACAGACAUCGCUCAACAAAUUUGCUCAGACCAGCUGCUGCUAUUUCAGUUGAACAAGAUGAAGUCAAUACUUAUCUUCCAAAAGGUGAUAUGUGGUCUGUGCACAAGUUUGGUGGAACCUGUAUGGGAACACCCCAAAGAAUCCAGAGUGUCGCAGAUAUAGUUCUUGGUGAUUCUUCUGAGAGGAAGCUGAUAAUUGUUUCAGCAAUGUCCAAAGUAACCGACAUGAUGUACAACCUUGUACAGAAGGCUCAGUCAAGGGAUGAUUCAUAUACAAUAGCAUUGGACGAAGUUUUUGAGAAGCAUAUGGCUGCAGCAAAGUAUCUCCUUGAUGGAGAAGAUCUUGCAAGAUUCUUGUCUCAGUUGCACUCAGACGUCAGCAACUUGCGAGCCAUGCUCCGUGCUAUUUAUAUAGCUGGGCAUGCGACAGAAUCUUUCUCGGACUUUGUUGUUGGGCAUGGAGAGUUGUGGUCUGCGCAGAUGCUGUCGUAUGCAAUAAAGAAGUCUGGGGCACCCUGCAGUUGGAUGGAUACAAGAGAAGUUCUAGUUGUAAAACCCAGUGGUUCUAAUCAAGUAGACCCUGAUUAUUUGGAAUCGGAGAAGCGACUUCAGAAAUGGUUUUCUCGGCAACCAGCUGAGAUAAUAGUUGCUACAGGGUUUAUUGCAAGUACCGCUGAAAACAUUCCUACAACUCUAAAAAGGGAUGGAAGUGAUUUCUCAGCAGCCAUAAUUGGUUCUCUUGUCAGAGCACGCCAGGUCACUAUUUGGACUGAUGUUGACGGGGUAUUUAGCGCUGAUCCUAGAAAAGUUAGUGAGGCUGUGAUCUUAAGCACUUUGUCUUACCAGGAGGCCUGGGAAAUGUCAUAUUUUGGGGCGAAUGUUUUGCAUCCGCGCACCAUUAUACCUGUGAUGAAAGACAACAUUCCCAUUGUUAUUAGGAACAUGUUCAAUCUCUCUGCCCCUGGAACCAUGAUUUGCAAGCAGCCUGCCAAUGAAAAUGGUGAUUUAGACGCAUGUGUCAAAUCAUUUGCUACCAUCGAUAAUUUAGCACUUGUUAAUGUUGAAGGAACUGGAAUGGCUGGUGUUCCAGGUACAGCAAGUGCUAUAUUUAGUGCUGUUAAAGAUGUUGGAGCUAAUGUUAUCAUGAUAUCUCAGGCUAGCAGUGAACAUUCAGUAUGCUUUGCUGUUCCAGAAAAGGAAGUUGCUGCGGUUUCUGCUGCCUUACAUGUUAGGUUUCGUGAGGCAUUAGCAGCAGGGAGGUUAUCUAAGGUUGAAGUUAUUAAUGGUUGCAGCAUUCUUGCUGCUGUUGGUCUGAGGAUGGCUAGCACUCCUGGAGUCAGUGCAAUACUUUUUGAUGCGUUAGCAAAGGCAAACAUUAAUGUUCGAGCAAUAGCUCAAGGUUGCAGUGAAUACAAUAUUACUGUUGUAUUGAAGCAAGAAGAUUGUGUAAGGGCUCUGAGAGCUGUUCACUCAAGGUUCUUCCUCUCCAAAACUACACUUGCUGUUGGGAUCAUUGGACCUGGUUUAAUUGGUGGAACACUCCUUAACCAGCUGAAGGAUCAGGCUGCUGUUCUCAAGGAAAAUAUGAACAUUGAUCUGCGUGUCAUUGGAAUAACUGGCUCAAGUACAAUGCUUUUGAGCGACACGGGAAUAGACUUAACCCAGUGGAAACAGCUUCUACAAAAGGAAGCAGAACCAGCUGAUAUUGAUAAUUUUGUCCAUCAUUUAUCUGAUAAUCAUGUAUUUCCGAACAAAGUUUUGGUGGACUGCACAGCGGAUACAAGUGUAGCGUCCCAUUAUUACGAUUGGUUAAAGAAGGGUAUUCAUGUCAUCACGCCGAAUAAGAAAGCAAAUUCUGGGCCACUUGACCGGUACCUGAAAUUACGGACUCUGCAGCGUGCCUCAUACACUCAUUACUUUUAUGAAGCAACUGUUGGUGCUGGCCUCCCAAUCAUUAGUACCUUGCGAGGUCUUCUGGAGACGGGUGAUAAGAUACUGCGAAUUGAGGGCAUUUUCAGUGGAACUUUGAGUUAUAUAUUUAACAAUUUCAAAGGAACAAAGACGUUUAGUGAUGUUGUUGCUGAAGCAAAAGAGUCAGGAUACACUGAACCUGAUCCAAGAGAUGAUCUAUCUGGAACUGAUGUUGCCCGAAAGGUCAUUAUCCUUGCAAGGGAAUCUGGUUUGAGGCUUGAACUUUCCGAUAUUCCUGUGAAAAGCCUUGUGCCAGAAGCACUUGGAUCAUGCUCGUCAGCAGAUGAAUUCAUGCAAAAGCUACCGUCCUUUGAUGAGGACUGGGCCAGGCAACGCAGUGAUGCUGAGGCUGCAGACGAAGUCCUGCGUUACGUUGGAGUGGUGGACACGGUGAACAAGAGGGGACAGGUGGAACUAUGUAGGUACAAGAGGGAUCACCCGUUCGCGCAGCUCUCCGGCUCUGACAACAUCAUCGCCUUCACCACCUCGAGGUACAAGGAGCAGCCACUGAUCGUGCGGGGUCCAGGCGCAGGCGCAGAGGUGACUGCGGGUGGCGUCUUCUGCGACAUUCUGCGGCUGGCGUCUUACCUUGGCUCUCCUUCCUAG